AUGGUUGUAGCAAUAGGAUUUGAAGGCAGUGCUAAUAAAAUAGGCAUUGGUAUCGUUAAAGAUGGAGAAGUGCUAUCUAAUUGCAGAAGAACUUACAUCACACCGGCUGGAGAAGGUUUUCUACCCAGAGAAACGGCAGAGCAUCAUAGACAAAAGAUCCAUGAAGUGCUAAAGGAGGCUUUAGAACAGUCUGGCAUAACGCCUGACAAGAUAGACGUAGUCUGUUACACUAAAGGUCCUGGCAUGGGCGCUCCGUUGAUGGUAUGUGCUAUUGUAGCCAGGACCUGCGCAAAAUUGUGGAACAAACCAAUUCUUGGAGUUAAUCACUGCAUUGGACACAUAGAAAUGGGUAGACUGAUCACAAAAGCGAACAACCCUACAGUUCUGUAUGUGAGCGGUGGCAACACACAGGUGAUAGCUUAUUCCAGGAACAGGUACCGGAUAUUUGGAGAAACCAUUGACAUUGCCAUGGGGAACUGUCUAGACAGGUUUGCAAGAGUGUUGAAAUUAUCUAACGCGCCAAGUCCAGGAUACAACAUAGAGCAAGCUGCCAAAAAGGGAACGAAGUUCUAUCAGCUUCCUUAUUGUGUGAAAGGUAUGGAUGUCAGCUUCUCAGGCAUACUAUCGUACAUGGAGGACAAGAUAGAUGAUCUCCUGAAAACAUACACGCCUGAAGACUUGUGCUAUUCUCUGCAAGAAACCACAUUUGCAAUGUUGGUGGAAAUCACUGAACGAGCAAUGGCGCAUUGCGGUUCUGAUGAGGUACUGAUAGUCGGUGGUGUUGGUUGCAACGAACGCCUGCAAGAAAUGAUGGGAGUAAUGUGUGCGGAACGGGGAGCCAAACUAUUCGCCACAGACGAACGAUUUUGUAUCGACAACGGUGUAAUGAUCGCUCACGCAGGCGCACUGGCGUUCCAAUCAGGAGCCAGAAUGGAUUUCAAAGAAUCAACUAUUACGCAGAGAUAUAGGACCGACGAUGUCUAUGUUACGUGGAGAGAUGAUUAA